AUGUGGGAAAGUCUGAGACCCUCUCAGGAAGAUGAUCUCCCAUUUAUUCCCAUGGAAAGCAAGGGUGUGGCCUCUAAUUCUGUUGUUGGCAAGACCCCUCUCUCACCUUCCUUAUCCAGGAUUUCCCUGGCAAUGGUAUCCAAGGAUGGUACUAUUAUAUAUUAUGAUGCUGACUGGGGGAUGUCAUCAUUGUUGGCUACUGAUUUGCAGCAGAAGCAGCAGCUCAGGGAGGAGAAAGUAUUGCAAUUUAGGAAACUCAAACAGAAGAAAGUGGAAGAACUUGAAAAAUGGGACCAGGAAGAACCAAUUCCAUAAGGCCAGGAGUGAUCAUGUGUAAGUGCUCAUCAUACUUUCAUGAGACCAUAACAUGGCCAUAAAAUGAAUAAAGUUCUGUUCAAAUGCAGUGUCGCACAUAAGCUUGAGGAGUUCACUAUUUUUAUUUCCAAAAAAUUUUGUG